AUGUCUGGCUCAAUAUUGUCGACCAGCGAGCGGAUCUUGCCAACUAACGAGGUGUUUGUAGUGACCUUCGUCGCCGAAAACGUCGAAAAUACUGUGCCGGAGCCAGAAGCUGCCCAAAACGAGUCAGAGGACAAUCCCAGUCCGACCGAGCACCAAACUGCCGAAGAACACGAUGAGUGGAAUACACCACUCGCAGACGGAUCGAUGCCGACUUUCUCUCAGGCACUCGUUCCGGAGAGCUGUGACUAUUCGCAUAAACCAUCGGACUUGGGCACCUCAGAUGCAUUCGUCAAUGAGCCUUCAAUGCAGACGUUCGGAAUAGCUCGUCCGGAAGAGUUACUUCCGUCUGAUGGAGCCCUUCCAGGAGCAAACCUUGCUCUUUUCAAUGACCACGGAAGCCCGUCGGUAGCUACGCCUUCAAUAUCUGUCACGCGUCGUCGAUUGAGUGAUCGCGUAGAAUCUAUCCUCUUGCAACACUUCGUGAAAGAGUUAGCUUCUUGGUUCGAUGUAACCGACCCUUUUGGAUAUUUCCAGGUAGUAGUGCCUGAGCGAGCUUUCGAGUGUGAAGUCCUCUUGAAUGCCAUAUUUGCAAUUUCCGCUCUUCAUCUCACCCGGUCACCGAGCAAGGAACUUGUCGACGGAUCUCCUUUGCCAGUCGACACUGUCCUUGCCGAAGUCUAUCAUACAAGAUGCGUAGGGAUGUUGAUAUCUCUAAUUACCGAUGAGACUUUGGCGACCACUGAAGAUGUUCUUGCAGCCGCAGUUAUACUCCGAAAAUUCGAGGAGAUGAACGGCUACGUGACACAACGGGAUUCUGGCAACCAUCUUCUCGGCGUUUCAGCCCUCUUCAACUCCCGCACCUGUGCCGUCACAGGAGGGCUGGCGGAAGCGGCCUUUUGGCAGUUUGUGCGUCAAGAUGCAUAUAUGUCGCUUUUCAUACAACAGCCACCUCGGAUCGACUUUUCAAAACAGCAUUUUCACUUCUCGUUGUCUGAGGCGCCUGAUAACGUUUGGGCCAACCGCAUUAUCUUCUCUACGGUAAUGAUUCUAACAUACUGCUUCGCUAACCAGGCAGAAUCAUCAGCUCACUGGGAGGAUCUGAAUUCACAAGUGACUGCCUGGGACGCACAGAAGCCUAUCUCAUUCACGCCGAUAUUCUCUGAGGAGGCAUCAGCGCAUAAGGGCGAAUUCUGGCCCGAGAUCCGAUUUUGUUCUUCAUGGCACGGUAACUACACCUUUUCUUAG